AUGAACUCGGCCGGGAACUCUGCUGCGAACUUUGUUGGCGCCAAUUGGUACGGUGGUCCCGUGGCGACCGGAGGCCGCCCGUCGACUAACGGCCGGUUCUUCGAUAGACCCGCUCCGUACGACCCCAGGAAUCGGGUUAGUUUGAAAAUUCUCGCAACAUCCGACGGCUCUAACAAUUUUUGUCAAAAGUGCUCAAACCGGCUAGAGACCGUCUAAAUCACAACCUUUCAGAUGCCGGUCACUCGACCGCGAGACGACGUCAAAGAGUCGCUGAUGAACACCGUAACGCAGGCUCGCGAGCGGAAGCGCCAACGCGAAGAGGCACUUUUCAGCCAUCGGAGCGUCGGCACGCAGACGGUCCGUUUCGGUUGGGAGAACGGACGGUGCGACGUGGAGCGUCACGAUCCGAUCGCCGACGGAAAUACGGGAAUGUCAAUGUCGAGACGGAUCUAUCGAGAGGUAAUCUAGACAUUUCAAUGCGAAUGCGCUCUGUUGAGAAACUAAUUUUGGAGCCGCGGAACGAGUUUUAUUCGAAUUCUGGAAGCACAUUCUCUGUUUUUAUUUGGAAGGAGAUCCCCAAUUGAAACAGAGCGCAUUCACAUUGAAUCGUGGCAGAUUUUUGUUACAAACAACCCAUGAUAGGAUAAUCCUGACGCGUCAGCUAGGCAGAAAGAGCUUAUGUCCCGAGAUGUACUUUUCGCACACAAAAAACAAAUCAUUUUUGUGUGAUGACGUCUCAAGCUUUCGCCUCGCCACGAAUCAAAUAAUUCAAUUCAUUCCGAACAGCUGUCCCCCUUCAUUUUCACGAUUUCAUCGGCGACGAUUAGAAUCGGACAGACGGAAGGGGGCUGUGUGUGAAGUGAAGGCCGGCAAAUUGCGGCCCCGACCGAAAUUCGACGGGGUUUAUGGGCGACGAUUGAUUGGCGGCAUUUGGAAAUUGGAAAAAGUCGUCAAACUUUGGAGUUACAUUUCGUGUUUGGGAAAGCAAACUUUUUACCAAAAAUCGAUUUGAUUGAUUUUUCGAAUAAGUUAGUCAAACAUCGAUUUUUGUCGUUUUUGAAAUCUACUUUUGCCACUUGCGAGUGUUUAGGUUAAAGUUGACAAAAAUCGAUAAACUCAUACAAUCUCUUGCAGGAUGUGAUACCGGUGGAGCCGGAUCGUGAGUUCGAGAACGUCGGCACGAACACCUCGCACGCGGCCUACCCGACACUCUCCUGUCUUCAGUUUGUCAAUCCGAUAAGAGAACGUUCGGCGGAGGAGCUCGACCUCUACGGUCCGCAUCCGAGUCUACCCUCCUCGUCGGCUCUGGCGCCCGACAACGUGCGUCAGGCGCAGAGAGUGGCUCGGCGAGCCGCACGGACCCGUCGCAACCAUCAGCAUACCGCCGAGAUCGAGGCGAUGCGGCAACAGUUCGCCGAGGACGACAGUGGCAAUCCGCUGCAGCAAAUCCGUGGAAUUGUGCCGAGGGGCGAGCACGUGUGCACCAUGAGCUGUUGCAACGGCGGAGGAACGAACGGAGAGGAAGUGUCCCAACCAGGACUACUUCCGAACGGAAUGACCGUCGCGCAGCUCGUCCGUCCGGAACCCUUGUACAGCCUGGGGGUGGGCCAAUCGGGGCCGAAUCCGUGGGCCAUGUUCAUGCCGUUUCAGGUUGUCGGCCAAAUGUCGAGCAUUCCAGGCACGCCGUUGGCUUACCAACACAUGCCGAUGCUCAGAAUGGCGAACUCGCAUUGGAAUCAGGUUGGUGUUGGAUGAAACGUGAUGAAAAAUAUUGGGUGGAAACGUGGAUAGUUGUUGUGCUCGUGAUCGUCGAAUUAUAUAUAGCAGUUAUCCGAAACAUUGAGGUUAUCGGUCGCAUUUUGCUUGACAACCAUCUCGACAUGGCACAACAGGUAUCCCAGACCAGGAUUGUUCGUUUCGCAACUCUUACGGCAGAUACUUUCUUCCAUACAGCUGCAAAACGUAAAAGUUGCGAAAAUGAAACGAGCCCGCUGAUCGAAUCAUUACUUUGUGAAAAGUUUGAUCGGAACUCGGCCGAAAGCAGAAAGCACUUUAUCAAUAUUUACCAUAAAUUCCGCGGGUUUUAACAACGUCAAAAAUGUUAGAAUAAUCUAUAGGACCACUCUGAAUUUUGAUUAGAUAGAAAAAAAACGUUCUAAACGACCACCGAACCCAAUCCGACGUCUUUCAGUAUUUCGAUCCGACGCUCAUGGCAAUCUACGCGAUGCAAGGGGAGCCACUUUUCCCGAACAUGGAAGUAUUCGGACUCGACCGACAUCACAUGUUCGCGCCGUUCGAAAGCGACAUUCCGGUCGGAGCCACCCAGAAUGACAUCACUGCCUUCACCAAAUCGGACAAUUUCAAAAAGACGGAAGGAAACGGGGAAGAGGAAACGUGUACUGUCUGCCUUUGUGCCUAUGAAGAUGGCGAAGUGAGUUUCGAUUCAGAAUACAUAGAAUACACUGUUUCUAGACCUCAGCAAUUUUCUAAAUUUUCAGAACAUCACCAACCUGCCUUGCAAUCACUUUUUCCACACGGAAUGCAUCGAAAAAUGGUUGAAGCUCAACAAAAAGUGCCCAAUGUGCCGUGUGGACAUUGAUCAAGCCUCGGGACGUCAGCGAGUAACCCAAAUGGGCAAUUAA